AGGAGGGGGUUUGUGGUGGGGGUUCCUCUCCGUGACCUGUCUGCGCCGUCCAAUCAGAGCGCGUCUCAAUGAAAUUAAUUGCCGAAGGUGGUUCGCGAGGAGCGGCCUCAGUAGCCGCGCCUGCACGCCUCGUGCCAGUCGCACAACGAGGCGCGCCGGCCGGGGCCGCCGCCGCCGCCCCCGCCGCAUCCACGCGACUCAUCGCCAGUGGCAGCAGCAACUUAAAGUUUCACCCAUGCGCGAACGUCUCGGUUGCGUCAACCGGGAGCAACGUCGCUCGCAGUCGCAAGCGACUCGCGUCUGCCGCUGCUCGGAUUCGGGUGAAUGUGGAGAAGCGCUGCAUGGCGAACACUACUAUAUUGAGCGCCUCUCCUCUGGGCGCUUCAAAGCCACCUCUAUACUCGGCCGCGAUAAAGAGGCCACACGGAGGAGGAGGUGGAGGAGGUGGUGGUGGUGUUGGUGGCGGCCUCCACUGGCCCAACGGCACCACGGGUCUGCCUCGUUCGGGCUUCGCGUCCGUGGACGGAGUGAGCCUGGGCUACCUGCUGGUCGGCGGCGCGCAGAUGUUCGCCUUGUCGCAGGUGUUCACCGACCUGCUCAAGAACAUUCCGCGCACCACGGUGCACAAGCGCAUGGACCACCUGAACGUGACGAAGCACUACUGCGACCUGCAGGGCCUGCGCGAGCUCAAGGAGAUGCGCUCCAUCGCCUUCCACGCCGCCAAAUGCACGCUCAUCUCGCGCAGGGACGUCGAGGCGCUCUACCGCUCGUGCCGCUCCGAGCGAGUGCUCAGGACUAAGAGGCGCAGAGUCCAACAGAAGCAGCAGCAGAAGAAGCAGCAACAGCAGCAGCAGCAGCAACAGCAGCAGCACGAGCAGCAGCAGCGGUGGUCGCGACCUCUCCCCGCCGAAGACGCGACCUCAUUCAGCGACUGCAACUCAAACUCCUCGGCGAAGGAGAACCGUCUCGGUGAGGAUGCAGGGGGCGUCUUGCUCGUCCACCACCAGCACCACCACCAGCAGCAGCAGCACCACCACCCGCAGCAGCACAACCACCACCACCACCACCACCCGCAGCAGCACAACCACCACCGCGCUCCCCCGAAGCUCUCCGCGCGGCGCGUUCCCCCGACCGUGGACGCGGCCUGGCCGGGAUGCGGCGGCGGCGGCUUCGACUGGCGGCCUCUGCUGCUCGGCUCCGCGGCUCCAAGUUCCUCCUCCUCCUCCGCCUCCUUCGCAGCGGUGGCGGCCGCGGCGGCGGCGACGUCACCGGCGCGGGGCGCCGUGGCCGUCGUGAACCGCUCCGUCGUGCAGAUGUCGGCAUCUGCGUCGAUGACAACGACGACGACGAUGAUGAUGGUGAUGCCGAGCGCACGCACGAUCACGGCGGCGUCCGCUGGCGCGCCGCUCGGCUACUGCCUGACGGGUUCGUCGCGCAGGGCGGCGGCAGACGAGGUGGUGGUGGAGACGUCCUCCUCGUUCGCGCAUCCGCCGCCGGGCAAAGUUGCGCACGCGCCGAGUCAGCAGCGGCAGCAGAAGAAGAAGCGCCACCGCGCCGAGGAGGUGGACGAGGUGGCAACCUUUGUUCCCGGAUUAACGCGGCAGAGAGGGCAGCCGCUCGCGUGCGCCCCAGCGGCGUGGGGUCACGGCGGGCGGCAGGCGGCGCGAGGCGCGCGCGAUGCGUGCAGCGUCGCAGGGACGGACUCCGACUCCGACGAUGAUGAUGACGAUGAUUACUGUGAUGAUGAUGAUGAUGACGACGACGACGAGGAGGAGGCUGCGGCGGAAGAAAGUUUAGAUGGCGACCGUGUUUACGAUUACAACGAGCCAGGCGAGACGGCAGGAGCGGGGUGCAGGAGGGUGAGACCGGCCAAACGAAAAGGCGACGAUAGCAGCGGCGGCGGCGAUGCUCGUGUUUACCACUACGAUUACAACGAGGCCGACGACGACGAUGAAGAAGACGAUGAUGAUGAUGAUGACGAGGGCGAUGAUGGUGAUGAGGAUGACUCCACGUUCUGCUCCACCUCGGAGGCGACAUCGGCGAGUGACGACGACGAUGAUGAUGAGAACGACAUCGACGCCGCCUCUUCCGACUCGGCCUCGAGUCGGGCCUCGAUGCAGAGCAUCCGAUUCCGGCACCCGGGCCCCGCGGCGCUCGGCGCUGGGAACUCUUACGGCGGGGGCGCGUUUCAGCAACAACAACAACAACAACAGCAGCAGCAGCCCUUGUUUGGGGGUCUCGCUGUGUCCCCCGCGGGGCCCAGGGGAAGCGUGUGGGGGGAGGUAGCGGAGCGCAGCGCCGCUACCGCCGCCCCGAGUUUCCACGCCCUCCUGCGGGGCGACGCGCGGCCCACGGCCCCCCCCCUGCUCCACGUCCCCCCCGCCGCUGGGCGCCCGCGCUGCGGCUUCCUGGCCCGCUCGCUCCGCGGUGGCGAGCGGGCGGAUCUCGAUGGCGUUGCCGACGAACGGAAGAAGGAUUACGGUGGUGGCGGUGUUGUUGGUCGCGUAACCAAGAAGGAUUAUGAUGGUGGUGGUGGUGGUGAUGAGCGGAAGCAUGGUGGCGAUUAUGACGAUCGUAAGAACGGUAACGGUGGCGAUGAGCAUGAUGAGGAGGAGGAAGUUGAUGAGCGGAAGUUACGGAAGAUGUCUCGGAGAGCUGCUGAUGACUGCGGGGGCGCGCGAAUCGCAGUCGCCGUCAAAUCCGCACCGCGUCGGACGCGACUCGAGCAGCAGUGGAACGCGCGCGGGAGGUCGCGGCCGUCCGGCAGCAGAAGAGACGCGGGAAGCUUCCAGCGGUCUUCCUCGUUACCAUCAUCAGUGCCAUCAUCAUCAACAACAACAUCGUCAUCAUCAUCAUCAUCAGUGCCAUCAUCAUCAACAACAACAUCAUCAUCAUCAGUGCCAUCAUCAACAUCAUCAUCAUCAGUGCCAACGUGGACGGCCAUCGCGGAGAUUCGAGUCAACGAGAUGCGAGGCGAGGAGACGGGGCUCGUGGAGGCAGGGGUAGUGAAGGUCGGGCCCGUGGAGGCGGUGCUCGUGAAGCGAUUCGUGAUGAAGAGAGGACUCGGAAAGACCGGAACCAGGAGUGGAGUAGAGAGGAGUGGAGGGGAGAGGAGUGCAGUAGAGAGGAGUGGAGUAGAGAGGAGUGGAGGAAGAGGAGGAGACCGGGUGCAGACGCGAUCGUCGAGGCACAGGGCGGGCCCCGCCGGCCUCGUCUCAGGGAACGCGACCGAUCCGUGCACCGCGGCCUCCUCGCCAGCCACGCGCUCCUCCGGGCCGCCGCCGCCGAGGAAGCGCAAAGCGACGGCGGCCGCGGCGGCCGCGGCGGCCGCGGCGACGGCAGUGGCCACUGCGGCGGCGCUGGGCAAGAGGGCCUUCGACUUGAUGGGGAAUUUCGCGUCCCCGGCGUCGCUGGUGGUGGGCUCCGACGGGGACCUGUGCCCCGCCUACUCCGUGAGCUGCUCUCGGGGCGCCGCCGCUCACGGCCACAGCGGCCACCCCGUGUGGAGGUGGCGCCUUGGGGGGGCUGUGCUGCCUUUGCCCCCCAGCCACAGGUUCAGGCGCUUCGACUCGUGAUGGGGGGAGCCGUGGCGGUCGGCGACUCUCGAGCCAGCGCGCAUCUCUACGUCCAUGGUGCUUUGUUUAUAUAUGUGUGGACGUAUGUGCGUCACGAACUAAUUAAUGGCUACGCGCGUAAUUAUUUGCACGGUGGUCUGGGUGCUCGACUCUCAAUCGCGAAGGUUGCGAGUUUUUUGACGUGAAUCAUCUCGGCGAGCGACGGGGCGGGGGGGGGGGUCGCGUCGCUUGGCCAAUCAUCCCUGCAGGGUCGUGAAAGUGAGCACCACUUUGCAGGAAAGUCGGCAGCGAUCGUCGGGGAGCAUGGGAGAGACUGGCCGCCCGCCAUGCGAAUGUGGAAUUUCCACUUUACUGCUGACCUCUGGGUCACCAACGCUUGAACAGGAAGACACUUUCUCUUCUUCUACGUCGUGUGACUAUUUGAAUAGCACCAGGGCGAGAGGACCGUCGAUGAUGAUGAUGGUGAAGAUGAUGAUGAUAGUGAUGGUGAAGAUGAUGGUGGUGGUGGUUAUGACGGUGCAACACAGAGACUGUUUUUUUUUUCUUUUUGGGUUUUCAUACUGCGGUGUAAAUCAGGGUUGACCUAUGAACUACUGAUCCACGGUGCCUACGUCAUUACAAUUGAUGCCUCGACUGAGUCUGUUCCGUGCCCCACGUUGGCCCGCCGGAGCCGCGACGCUUUCGGGCAGACUCGGGUCAUUGGUGUUGUCGAAUCGAGAACAGCGUGCUUGAUUUUUUUCUUAUUGUAAUAAUGAUUAUUAUCAUGAUAAUAAUCAUGAUGAUGAUUUUUUUACGUAAUUUAUUAAUGCCAAUGACAAUUGUGUUUGGUGUGCUUGCGAUAUUGUUUUCUUUUUUACACUUUAAAAGCGAUUCAAUUGAGCUCCUUGUUAUUUAUUGUUUGUUAUUGUUUCAUUUCGGUGUUUUGAUAGAAGCUACAAUUCUUGACUCUUGUUUUGUUUGUUUUUUCCCCUCUCUGCGCGAUAAAUUUGAAUUAAAGAGAAUGGGUUCUUUU